AUGAGGGCAUCUACCAUCCUGUUGCCUACGUCAUCGCAUCACUUGCCUGACCAGUUGACGGACACCGCCACGACGCCUGUUUUAACACAUCUAAGCAGUGUAUAUAAGAGCCUCGCACGUCUCGAUCACUCUCCCCAGUCUAACCUCACAUUUUUCAGUACGAUGGAAGUCAUGAUGAGAACAGACAAUCUUGCUAAAAUCCCAGCGGAGAAUCCCCUCAACUUAGCUAGCUUACUAGACAAUGGACAUCCCGUGCCUGAGCAACUUAUUAGCGACGUUCAUGUGUCUGUUAUUAAAGACACUGUUAUUGAAGUUAUCGACAUUGGCAUCUUCAAGAACCUCCUGAUGGCCGGUAUAAACCCUAACUCCACUAACAGCAAAGGGAACACACUACUCGCUAUCGCCAUGAAGAAUCGGUGGACUCUCAAGAACGGGGAAUUAUGUGCCGCUCUAUACAAAAAGGGGGCCAGGGUCACCGACUUGGCUGCUUUUAGCCGCAUAUGCGAAUGUCAACCUGUAUCAUGGAUCGAGAAGCUUAUCAGCAACGGAACUGACAUAGCUGGUCGACGAGAACGUGUCCGCCAGGGCCUCAUUAUAUUCCAUCGUCUAGCGGCCAACAGCAAAUAUGGCCUCUCUGAAAAACGGCCAGUGCUAGAUUUACUACAUCAAGUUAUGCCUGGGCUUCUGGAUGAACCGGCGAUUGAAGGAACCACUCCUCUUCAUCUUGCUACAACAUGCCGCAGCGAUACUCUCGUCUCCUAUUUACUUGAUAAAGGGGCCAACAUCGAAGCUUUGAGCUCGGAUUGUGGGAAUCCCUUGAACUGUGCAGUGUAUCUUGGGGAUUCAUUCAUCAUCAGUCGAUUGCUUACCAAAAUAGAUAGAACACGUCGACCAUCAGAGCGCCGUGACGACUUCGAGGUGAUCUUGAGGAUUUCGCAAGAGCAAGAGACUGAACCGUCUCAUACAGGAGUCUAUGCACGGGAUGCUUCUAUGCUUCACACAUCAUCUCCUUACUAA